GGCCAGCCCCCGGGGCAGAAAGAUCCCUUUCCGCAGCUCCGCAUCCUGAUCCCUUCUUUCUCCGCCCCCCCCAGCCCCACCAAGUCCGAAUUCAUCCGUGCCAAAUACCAAAUGCUGGCUUUCGUGCAUAAGCUGCCAUGUCGGGACGACGACGGGGUCACCGCCAAGGACCUCAGCAAGCAACUGCAUUCGAGUGUCCGGACAGGCAACCUGGAAACCUGUUUGCGCCUCCUCUCCCUGGGGGCACAAGCCAACUUCUUCCACCCGGAGAAGGGGACCACGCCUCUGCACGUGGCUGCCAAGGCUGGGCAGGUCCUCCAGGCUGAGCUGCUGGUGGUGUACGGCGCUGAUCCUGGCGCUCCCGAUGUAAACGGCCGUACGCCCAUCGACUACGCCAGGCAGGCGUCCCAACACGAGCUGGCCGAGCGACUGGUGGAGUGCCAGUAUGAGCUGACUGACCGGCUGGCCUUCUACCUUUGCGGGCGCAAGCCAGAUCACAAGAACGGGCAUUACAUCAUUCCCCAGAUGGCAGACAGCCUGGACCUUUCUGAGCUGGCCAAGGCAGCCAAGAAGAAGCUGCAGGCGCUCAGCAAUCAUCUCUUUGAAGAGCUCGCCAUGGACGUGUACGACGAAGUGGAUCGCCGCGAAAACGACGCUGUCUGGCUCACCACGCAGAACCACAGCACCCUGGUGACGGAGCGCAGCGCCGUCCCCUUCCUUCCGGUGAAUCCCGAAUAUUCGGCCACGCGCAACCAGGGUCGGCAGAAGCUUGCUCGCUUCAAUGCCCGGGAAUUUGCCACUCUCAUCAUCGACAUCCUGAGCGAGGCCAAGCGGCGCCAGCAGGGCAAAGGCCUCACCAGCCCCACAGAGGCCCUCGACUCCUCCGUCCACGGCCCCAGCGACUUUGAUGACCAACACGAUUACGACAGCGUGGCCUCUGACGAGGACACGGACCAGGAGCCCCUGCGGAGCGCGAAUGCGGCGCGCAAUAACCGUGCGCGGAGCAUGGACUCUUCCGACCUCUCCGACGGGGCCAUCACUCUGCAGGAGUACCUGGAAGUGAAGAAGGCCCUGGCCGUCUCGGAAGCCAAAGUUCAGCAACUCAUGAAGGUGAACAACAGUCUGAGUGAUGAGUUGAGGCGGCUGCAGAGAGAGAUUCACAAGCUGCAGUCAGAGAACUUGCAGAUCCGUCAGCAGGCGGGGCCUGUCCACCCCGCGGCCCCCACCCCUAGUGAGCGCCCCGAGCACGGCCACGUCCCCUCCACUGCUCCAGGGGCCCACCGGCGCGACCGCCACGCCUUCUCCAUGUAUGAGCCAGGCGCCAGUACGCUCAAGCCCUUCGGCCAGCCGCCCAUGGAUGACCUGGUUAGCCGCUUACAGCCCUUCCACCCAGGGGAGUCAGACGAGGAUGGAAUGUAUUCCUUGCACAGCCAGCCCAACAUUUACCGAAUCCGGAAGGGUGGCUCCGUUUCGGCCAUGCCGUUCCCUCCGUCUUCUCCGCUGGUGGUGGGCCCGCCGGAGAGCAGUGGGCGCCACUUGGCCGGGAAGAUGGACCGGCACGCCAGCGGGCCCGACAGCGACUACGACAACACGCAGGGGGGCGACCUGCCCCUUAGCAUGGACGGGAAGCGCUUCCUGGAGCUGGGCAAGGAGGACGACCUGCACCUGGAGCCGGAGCUGCUGGAAGGGGAGUUGGACUGCGGGCUCCCCAGCACGGAAGACGUGAUCUUGAAGACCGAGCAGGUCACCAAGAACAUCCAGGAGCUCCUGCGAGCCGCCCAGGAGUUCAAGCACGACAGGUCAGGAAGGAUCCUUCCUGCAGCCCUCCUGGGCCCCGGGGGGCCGCGCAGUGGUCGGAGGAACCGCUUUAGCGAAGGAAGAGGGUCUUGGGGUGGUAGAGCAAGGCGGGGUGACGAGGAAGCUCGGAGACUUUGGGAAGUUAAGAGCCAGGAGGUGUCUGUCGUCACUUCGUAUAAAUUCACAUUUAGUUAUCAACGGGAGGAUGCCGAGUUUACAGUGUCGUGA